AUGUUCGAGAACAUUCCCCAUCUCACUCGGGAACUUCGGCUACGGGUAAAGGAAGUUUCACGAACAAUUGGAGAGGCAAGCAAAGAUUCUGACUUGCCAAGGAAUGCAAAUGAGAGAAUGAAGGCAAUAGAGCAAUCAUUGAUGAAAGCAAGGCAAAUUCAAGAUGAUUGUGCCACAUCCGUGAAGAAGCUUAGGGCUAUGCUCCACUCAUCAGAGGACCAGCUUCGCCAACAAUUCCCCAAUCAAGAGAAGUUAGAAGACCCUGGACUAUACCAUUAUGCAAUAUUCUCAGAUAACAUAUUGGCCACAGCUGUUGUUGUGAAUUCUACUGCUGCCCAUGCUAAGGAUUCCUCCAAACAUGUUUUCCACAUUGUAACUGAUAGGCUCAAUUAUGCGGCAAUGAGGAUGUGGUUUUUGGCCAAUCCACCUGGAAAGGCGGCAGUUCAAGUUCAAAACAUUGAAGAUUUUGCAUGGUUGAACUCGAGUUACAGUCCAGUUCUUAAGCAGCUAAGUUCUCCUUCAAUGAUAGAUUAUUACUUUAAGGCUCACCGUGCUUCUUCUGAUUCGAACCUCAAGUUUCGGAAUCCUAAGUAUUUAUCUAUGUUGAACCAUCUCCGCUUCUACUUGCCCGAAAUAUUUCCAAACCUCAAGAAAGUGCUGUUUUUGGAUGGCAAUGUAAUUGUGCAGAAGGAUCUUACUGGUCUUUGGUCAAUUAACUUGAAGGGAAAUGUAAAUGGUGCUGUCGAAACUUGUACAGAAAGUUUUCAUCGGUUUGAUCGUUACCUCAACUUCUCAAAUCCUCUUAUUGCAAAGAAUUUCGACCCCCGUGCUUGUGGAUGGGCAUAUGGUAUGAAUGUUUUUGAUCUGGUCGAAUGGAAGAAACAAAACAUCACAGAGGUGUACCAUAACUGGCAGAAGCUGAUCUUCACAAGUCAAAGGAAAUGGAUGCAACCAAGUCAAACAAUGGUGAAAAACCGGGCAGCAGCGUUAACCGUAAAGGAUAUAAGACCGCAAAUGCAUUCAUCUAUAUCAACUCAUGCUCCAUGUCAUGGAAAGCAAUGUAUCAAUGAAGAUGUUGAAAAGGACGAUAUAAAUGAUGAAAUUCAAGAGGACGACAUAAAUGAUAAAAUUCAAGAGGACGGCCUAAAUGAUAAAAUUCAAGAGGACGACGUAGAUGACGAAUUUCAAGAGGAGGAUAUAGAUGGUGAAUUUCAAGAGGAGAAUAUAGAUGGUGAAUUUCAAGAGGACGACGUAGAUGAAGAAUUUAUGGAGGAUGACAUAUCUAACGAAUUUCAAGAGGAUGAUCUGGAUGCUUUACUUCUAGAAGACAAACUUGAAUGA